UGUUACCUAUUAGAGUCUGUGUUAACUAAUGAGUUGUUUAAAAAUAUACAAUUAAAUGUGUAAUCACAUGAAAACACAGUAGUAUAGUUCAUGGAAAAUCUGAGUGAGAAAAAAAUUAUUAGAUACCUUGAAGGUUUAGGUCGAUCUUCACAAUCACUAAUUAUAACUGGUUUGUUAUUUUAACAUAUAUAAUCAUUUCAUUGGCAUUUUGACAAGGACUUUUUCCUAGAUGUAAGUAUAACAUUUUUUUUAUUUCCUUUUUUACACACUUUACCGGUUUAUGGAACCCAGUUUCCAUUCAGUACCUACAACCUUGCCAUUAGAAGUAGCCGCAAUGGGUCCAAUUAUCCGCGAUAUUGACGAAAUUUACGCAAAAGAUAAACGAAUAAAACGCGAAGAUGUUCGAAUUUUGAAAGAGUGGUUACAAAAGCAGGAACAUCUACCUCAAAUGACAGAGACACAAAUAAUCAUAUUUCUUCAUACUUGCUUCUAUAGCAUAGAACAAGCUAAAGCCAACAUUGAAAGUUUUUGGACAAAACGUACUCUUUACUAUUAUUGCUUCAAACCCUUAGACAAAGAGGAACUGCGAACAAAUUCUUCAGUUGCCUUUAUUGGUGUCCUUCCGAAGCCUACUCCUCAAGGGUACAACAUCCUCCUUUCAAAGCUAAUUGAUGUAACACCAGAAAAGUUCGAUUUUACCAAAUUGACAAGAAUGGUGGAUAUGGUGGCUGCACUGUAUCUCAAUGAACGUGGUCCUCUUGAUGGCGUGGUAAUAGUCUAUGAUGCGAAAGGCUGCACCUUUGGUCAUCUAACUAGGAUAAAUUUGGAUGUUAUGAAGCAUUCCACAGAAAUAAUACGGGAAUCCAUACCGGUCAGAAUUAAACAAAUCCACCUCAUCAACGCAUUUUCUUUGGUAGACAAACUCAUGGGUUUACUGAAACCGUUUCUAACGAACGAACUUUACAGCCUAAUCAAUGUCCACUCUUCACUAAGUACGUUUUACAAAUAUGUGCCUCAGGAGUGUUUACCUGAAGAGUAUGGGGGAGAUUUGCCUUCGUGUCAGAUUUUACAAAAAGACAAUCUCAACCACAUGUUAAGUAGUUACCCUUUUUAUGAAUGGCACGAUUCUCUCUUAGUUGAUGAGUCUAAAAGACUGGAAAAAUCGACCAGUUUCGGUAUUGAUGGAACGUUCAAGACGCUGGAAAUUGACUGAAGUGAACGUACAAUUUUACUGUUAAACGCCAAUAAAGUUUUUAUUAUUAUGAUAA